AGCAUUGCUGAAGUAUUCCGAUGUUUCAUUUGUAUGGAGAAAUUGCGUGAUGCACGUCUGUGUCCCCAUUGCUCCAAGCUGUGCUGUUUCAGUUGUAUUCGGCGUUGGCUGACUGAACAAAGAGCUCAGUGCCCUCACUGUAGAGCCCCGCUGCAGCUGCGAGAGCUGGUGAACUGCCGUUGGGCAGAAGAGGUCACGCAACAACUUGAUACGCUGCAACUGUGCAAUCUCACCAAGCACGAAGAAAACGAAAAAGACAAGUGUGAAAACCAUCAUGAAAAACUUAGUGUGUUCUGCUGGACCUGUAAGAAGUGUAUCUGCCACCAGUGUGCGCUCUGGGGAGGAAUG